ACUUUUAAUUAAAUAUAUUUGGUCUUCGAAAAUUAAAAGUGAAAAAAAUUGAGUUUGCGCAGAUCCCAACCUUACGUGGCACGAAGUAUUUCUUGUGAUUAUUAUGGGUCACAUUUGUUUACGUUACUAAUUAAAUUUACGUUAUAUUUGUCCCAUGUAUCUAAAACAUUCAAUAUUCUUUACUGAUAAACUAUAAAGACGCAAUAACUGCCUUAGCAGCAUGAAUCCGCAGUACGGGGGUCCAGUGGGUGCUCCUGGCUCUUUUGGGCCGCCACUCUAUAAGCAGCCUUCUCCUCAAAGUCCUUAUAACAACUAUGAAAUGCAAGGUGGAGGACCAGGUCCAUAUAGCAAUGCAGGUACACAAAAUGGCCCUGGGAGCCAUUUUCCUGGUCAGAACUGUAACCAAAGUAAUUCCCAAGUGCAAUCAGCUUCAGUGCCUCCAAGCCAUAUGAUAAAUAAUCAGAUGGCUCAUGAUUUCAAUGCUUUACACCUUUCACAAAAUCAAAACCAUCCCCUAUUAACUAACAUGCAACCCAACCAUAGACUUCCAAAUAGUGCACCUCAAUUGCCUCUUUCUCAAGGAUCUAACAUGCCAUCUCAGCAGCAAUAUUGGCAACAAAACCAGCCUAGAAUGCCCCCUCCACCCAGUGGCCACCCUGAUAAUAAUGUAAAAAAUAUGCCCCCAAACUCUUUUGUUAAUGCAAGAGCAUCUCCUUAUCCUCCUCCAGAAACGUCUAUGCCCCCUGCACCUCACAACUCUGCAUAUCCUCAUAUGAUGCAACAUACAGAACGAACAUUACCACCUCACUCUUCAGAGGCAUUAAAUCAACCUCUUAUGCCCAAAAUGCCAAGUGCUGAUAUGAAUAAUAGUUCAAAUCAACAGUAUCCUCCUCAAAGACAACCAGCGCCUUAUGUAAAUGGCACUGCAGAAAAUGGCCCGGCUUAUGCACUUAAUAAUCAGUAUCCUCCUCAUUCAAAUUCGAACAUGCAUGCACGUUAUCCUCCCGCUUCAUCAUCUCCGAGUCCUGCUUCUGGAAACCACAUGGGUACAUCUGGUUCUCAGUUUGGUCAACAGAAUAAUUCUUAUCCUCCACAGAAUAAUUCUUAUCCUCCACAGAACAGAGUAGGUUCACUUCCUCAACCUCCAGCGCAAACUAGGAGAUUAGAUCCAGACCAUAUGCCUAGUCCAAUUCAAGUUAUUGAAGAUGAUCAGAAGACAAGAAGUUGUCCAUUUUCUACUGCCCAAAGGGGGCUGGUACCUCCUCUAGUAACAACCAAUUUUACUGUUACAGAUGAUGGUUUUUGUAGUCCUAGAUACAUUAGAUCUACUAUUUACAAUGUGCCUACAACUGCUGAUAUGCUGAAGCAAACUAAUGUCCCGUUCUCCCUUAUAGUAAGCCCACUCGCUCUACCCCAUGUUGAUGAACAUCAUCCUCCCAUUGUAAAUCCAGGAGAAGAAGGUCCUGUAAGGUGCCAUAGGUGCAGAGCCUACAUGAGCCCCUUCAUGCAGUUUAUUGAUGCUGGCAGGAGAUUUCAAUGCAUGCUAUGCAGAACUACAACUGAAGUUCCUGCACACUAUUUUACUCAUUUAGAUCACAUGGGGGAAAGAGUCGAUAAACUAGAAAGGGCUGAGUUGUGUUUAGGAUCUUAUGAAUUUCUUGUGAACAAAGAUUAUUGUAAGGAUGGAAAACUUCCAAACUGUCCAGCAUUUGUCUUUGUCAUUGAUGUCUCUUAUAAUAGUGUUAAGAGUGGUAUGGUCAAAACAUUAUGUGGUAAUAUGAAAAAGAUACUUUCGAGAUUACCUAGAGAUUAUGGUGCAUCAGAAUCAAACUUAAGAGUUGGAUUUAUUACUUACAGCUCAGUUAUACAUUUCUAUAACAUAAGUAGUAAUUUAGCACAGCCUCAAAUGCUUGUUGUGUCAGAUGUUAAUGACAUGUUUAUGCCCUUGCUUGAUGGCUUUUUAGUGCAACCUUCUGAAUCUGAGCAAGUUAUUUCCAGCUUAUUAGAACAGAUACCUGUGAUGUUUGCUGAAACAAAAGAAACAGAAACUGUUUUUGGACCUGCUAUCCAGGCUGGCCUUGAAUCUUUAAAAGCUGCGGAAUGUGCUGGAAAAUUAUUUGCAUUCCAUACUUCCUUACCAAUAGCUGAAGCUCCUGGUAAGCUGAAAAAUAGGGAUGACAGAAAAUUAUUAGGAACUGAGAAAGAAAAGACGAUUCUUUCCCCUCAAUCCCCCUUCUACAAUAACUUAGGUCAAGAGUGUGUAAAGGCUGGAUGCUCUGUUGAUUUAUUCCUUUUUAAUAAUGCUUACGUUGAUGUUGCCACUCUGGGUCAAGUGUGCCGACUUACUGGUGGAAACCUAUUUAAAUAUACAUAUUUCCAGGCUGAUAUUGAUGGUGAACGAUUUAUUGAAGAUUUGUGCAGAGAUGUUGAGAGACCCAUUGCCUUUGAUGCUGUGUUGAGAGUGAGAACCAGCACUGGUGUCCGUCCAACAGAUUUCUAUGGCAGUUUCUUCAUGUCAAACACCACGGACGUAGAACUUGCCUCGAUUAGUUGUGAUAGCUCCCUUGCUAUUGAAAUAAAAUAUGAUGAUAAGCUUACAGAAGAAGAUGGCGUUUGCAUACAAUGCGCUGUACUUUACACCAGUUGCUCUGGGCAAAGGAGAUUAAGAGUACACAAUUUAGGCCUAAAUACCUGUGCACAGAUGGCAGAUCUAUUUAGAAAUUGUGAAUUAGAUACCAUUUUGAAUUUCUUCCUCAAAGAAAGUGUUCAAAAAAUCACUGAAGAAGCUCCUAAACAAAUAAAAGACUAUCUGAUCACCCGAGCUGCUCAAAUAUUAGCUUGCUAUAGGAAAAAUUGUGCUCAAGCAUCAUCGGCGGGACAGCUCAUUCUUCCAGAAUGUAUGAAACUACUUCCUCUCUAUAUCAAUUGUUUAAUCAAGUGUGAUGCCUUAUCGGGUGGACAAGAAAUGACUACUGAUGAUCGAAGUUUCAUUAUGCUUACUGCAUUAAGUAUGGAUGUUGAGUCUUCGGCUGCUUACUUAUAUCCUAGGCUUAUACCUUUGCAUGAAAUGCAACCAAAUCCUGAGCAAUGUGAACUUCCAGUUAGUGUUAGAUGCUCUUUAGAAAGGUUAAAAGAUCAUGGUAUCUAUUUAUUAGAAAAUGGCUUGAAUUUGUUCAUAUGGAUUGGAAUGAAUGCAGACUCUACGUGGAUUCAAAACAUAUUUGGAAAACCUUCUGUUGCUCAUAUAGAUGUGGAAAAACCCUGUCUUCUACCAUUGAAUAAUCCUAUUUCUCAGUGCGUUGACAUGGUAAUAAAGCAGAUUCAAAGUGAAAGACAUAGGCAAAUGAAACUAUUUAUAGUUCGACAAGGUGAUAGACUGGAAUUAUUAUUCAGGCAACACCUAGUUGAAGAUAGAACCACAGACGGAAGUGUAUCUUACGUAGAUUUCUUGUGUCAUCUUCAUAAAGAGAUAAGAACAUUGCUUUCCUGAAGGGUGUCACCAUUUGAGGAGUGACUCCAUUAUGUCACUCUUUAAUUGAAGAAAUUUGGAUACAAAGGACAAAAACAACUGAUUUCUGUAGUUCACGGAACUGGACAUUAUUAGAAAGAAAGAAAAAAAAAACACAUCAAAUUUAUAUUUUUAUGAAUUCUUUAUUAGGUACACACAGUAUACAAGAAGCGCUUGUUCUUUGAUUAAAAGAAAAUUUAAGUGUCUUUUACCAAUUUUGAGCGACAUUUUUAAAAAAAAUGCUUUUCCAGUGUUUCUUAAAAUUAAUUUCAAAUGAAAUUUGAAAAGAAAUUAUUGAAUAAGUAACUGUAGUUAUUAUUUUAUGCUGUUGUUUUAAAGCAUUGUAAAAAAAUAGUAGAUAUUUAUUCAAAUUUUGGUUGUAAUAUACAGUUUAAUUAGUAGUUUAUAUACUAUAAUCCCAAUUACUAUGAAUAAAUUAUAUAUAAAUAACAGUUGAUUUGUUUAUUUGGAUUUGCUUAUUGUUGUUUAUACUAAAAAUUAUGUUAUUAAAUAAAAUUAUACUAUUUCUUAA